UCCGCUUAAUAUAUAUCUAUUUAAAAAUAAAAGAAGAAGGAGGAGGAGAAAGAGAGGGAGACGGUUUUUUUUAUUUCCUGGGAUGAAACACCCGACUCUGAGGAGAAGUUUAUCCUUCAUUCCCCGAGCUAUGGAUGGGUAUUCGUCGAUUAAAGUAGUUUAAGGAAUUUCUAAACACGAUUGGUUGAUCUUGUUUCUUUUCACAGAGGACGCACUGGCUGUUCUGGAUACUUAAAAAAAAAUGACUUUUCAGCUAAGAAUUUACCUCAGUUUUGCGUUAAUGGGAGUAACAUUAACGGAUCCCGAGCAUCCCAACCAAGUGGUUCUUCUGGACACCACAGCUGUAUUGGGAGAACUUGGCUGGAUGACCUACCCAGUUAAUGGGUGGGACGCCAUCACAGAAAUGGAUGAGCAAAACCGGCCCAUCCACACCUUCCAGGUGUGCCACGUAAUGGAGCCAAACCAGAACAACUGGCUGCGCUCGAGCUGGAUCGCGCGACAGGAGGCGCAGAGGAUCUAUGUCGAGCUACGCUUCACGCUGCGUGACUGCAACAGCAUCCCGUGGGUGUCGGGGACAUGCAAAGAGACCUUCAACCUGCACUACCUGGAGACGGAUGAGCCUCACAGCCUCUUCCGUCCCUCCGAUUACGCCAAGAUAGAUACCAUUGCGGCCGAUGAGAGCUUCACGCAGACGGACGUGGGGGAACGAGUUCUUCGGCUGAACACGGAAGUGCGCGAGCUGGGGCCCGUGCGCACCAAAGGCUUCUACCUCGCCUUCCAGGAUGUGGGCGCGUGCAUCGCCCUGCUCUCAGUGCGCGUCUACUAUAAGAAGUGUCCGUCCACGCUGAGGAAUCUGGCCGCCUUUCCUGACACGGUGCCUCGCGUGCACUCGUCCGCUCUGGUGGAGGUGAGGGGAGCCUGCGUGUUGAACGCCGAAGAGCGGGACACACCUCGGCUAUACUGCAGCGCCGACGGGGACUGGCUCGUUCCACUGGGCAGGUGUGUGUGCAGCGUUGGCUAUGAAGAGAGUGACGGCCUCUGUCUGGCCUGUAAAGCCGGUUUCUACAAGGCCUUCGCGGGGAACAUCAAGUGCUCUAAGUGCCCUCCGCACAGUUUCAGCCACUCCGAGGCGUCUGCGCUGUGCCACUGCGAGAAAGGCUACUACCGAGCGGGCAAAGACCCACCGAGCACCGCCUGCACACGACCGCCCUCGCCUCCGCGUAACGUGGUGCACAUCAUGAACGAGACGACGCUGUUCCUGCAGUGGGCUCCACCCAGCGACACGGGCGGCCGCAAGGACAUAACCUACAAUGUCCUGUGCCAGCGCUGUAGUGUCGAGGGCCAGGCGUGCCAAAUGUGCGACAGUGACGUGCGUUUUGUGCCGCCGCCCGUGGGCCUGACGCGCACCUCUGUGGCCGUGCAGGACUUCAUGGCCAACGCUAACUACACGUUCCAGAUCGAGGCGGUUAACGGAGUGUCAGGAAUGGGACGAACAGCGAAACAGAUGGCCAACAUCACUAUCAGUACCGCGCAGGCUGGUCCGUCUUUGGUGGCGGCGGUGAAGAAGGACUGGGCCACUCAGAGCACCAUCGCCCUCUCCUGGCAGGAGGCUGAACAGCCCCAUGCGGCCAUCCUGGACUAUGAGAUCAAGUACUACGAGAAGGAGCAGGAGCAGUUGAGCUACUCGUCGACGCGCACUAAAGUCCCCAGCACGAUCGUAACGGGCCUCAAGCCGUCCACGGUCUACGUGUUCCACAUCCGAGCUCGCACAGCGACCGGCUACAGCAGCUACAGCUCCAAGCUCGAGUUCACCACGGGGGACGACGAUUCAGGGGAAGCGUCUGAUCAGGGCCAGGUGUUGGUGAUUGUCACCGCGGCAGUCGGGGGUUUCUCACUGCUCGUCAUCCUGACGCUGUUCCUUCUCAUCACGGGCAGGUGCCAGUGGUAUAUCAAGUCCAAGAUGAAACCGCAGGACAAGAGAAGGACACAGUGUCAGAACGGACACGUGCCGUUCCCAGGAAUAAAGACGUACGUCGAUCCAGACACGUACGAGGAUCCGACUCAGGCUGUUCACGACUUCGCUAAGGAGAUCGACCCGUCUCGCAUCCGUAUAGAGAGAGUCAUCGGAGCUGGCGAGUUUGGGGAAGUGUGUAGUGGGCGGCUCCGAACUCCAGGGAAAAAGGAGAUCCCUGUGGCCAUAAAGACCUUAAAGGGCGGAUACACCGAGCGCCAGAGGCGGGACUUCCUGCGAGAGGCCAGCAUUAUGGGACAGUUCGACAACCCGAACAUCAUCAGACUAGAAGGCGUCGUCACGAAGAGUAAGACACCGCUCUUACCCUGCCGUCCUGUGAUGAUCGUGGUGGAGUACAUGGAAAAUGGAUCAUUGGACUCUUUCCUGAGGAAGCACGACGGACACUUCACCGUCAUCCAGCUGGUCGGUAUGCUGCGCGGCAUCGCCUCCGGUAUGAUGUACCUGUCCGACAUCGGCUACGUCCACCGGGACCUGGCAGCCCGGAACAUUCUGGUGGAUGACAACCUGGUGUGUAAGGUGUCGGACUUCGGCCUGUCCAGGGUCCUGGAGGACGACCCAGAGGCUUCCUACACUACAACAGGAGGGAAGAUUCCCAUCCGCUGGACGGCUCCGGAGGCAAUCCAGUACAGGAAGUUCUCCUCGGCCAGCGACGUCUGGAGCUACGGCAUCGUCAUGUGGGAAGUGAUGUCCUAUGGAGAGCGGCCAUACUGGGAAAUGUCCAACCAGGAUGUGAUCCUGUCCAUAGAGGAGGGUUACAGGCUGCCGGCGCCCAUGGGCUGCCCCGUGGCUCUGCACCAGCUGAUGGUUCACUGCUGGCAGAAGGAGCGCAGCAGGCGGCCUCGCUUCCACGACAUCCUCAGCUUCCUGGACAAGCUCAUCCGCAACCCCAGCAGCCUCCUGACGCUGGUGGAGGACGUGCACAGUUUACCCGAAUCCCCGGAAGACCUGCCUGACUACCCCCUCUUCAUUUCCAUCGGCGACUGGCUGGACUCCAUUAAGAUGAGUCAGUACAAGAACAACUUCAUAGCGGCAGGGUACACGACUCUGGACUCCGUCUCCAGCAUGAGCAUUGACGAUGUCAGGAGCAUCGGCGUGUCUCUGAUCGGCCACCAGAGGAGGAUAGUGAGCAGCAUACAGACACUGCGACUGCAGUUCCUGCACAUUCAACAGAGUGGCUUCCACGUAUGAGACAGACCAGACGACACCGAAACACACACACACACAUACACACACACACACAAACACACGCACACACAUACACAUACAGGAAAAGUCAGGUCUGGUCUGUUUUAUUAACUGCGAUGAGAGAACUUCAGGCUUUCUCAAGAAUAAAAAACUUUUUUUGAAGGCUUCCAAACGAAAAAGCAAUCACGGGAGGAAAGAAAAAGGGAAAGAAAGGAGUCACUGGGAGAUGGACGACCAACCGGGGUCGUAAACAUGGCACUGUCGCUAUGGUGAUGUCAUCUGUCAUUUAACCAGAAGUUCUGUGACUGGCUGGAUUCACAGUCGGAGAACUUUUAAUAGUAUAUUUGCUAUUUUAAUGUAACAAAGUAUGUGUCUUAAUAGAUAUUUAUCGUUUAUUUAUCAUGCUACUUCCAGGAAUCGAGAGACCUUGAAUGUCGAGUGGAUCGUACGGCUAUCACCCAUCGUUUAUCAUCAUCAUCAUCUGAUAUUUAUGCUGGUAUUUAUAUGUACAUGUGUAUGUCAGGGUUUUCUUUUUGUUUUUUCUCUUCCUUUUUUUUUUACUGUUUAUUUUUAUGCAGCAAUAUGUGCAGCCUUUUCGGAAGAAGAAGAAGAAAAGACGCGAGAUUAGCGAGUAGGAGUAGAGUAUUGUAUUUUGAAAAUGAAAAAAGAAAAAAGAAAAAAAAAAACGCCACACAAAAACCGUUGAGAUCCUCAGGCAGUCUGUUAUGCCGUGCAAGAGCGCUUUGGACCUUUCGGGAAGAUUGAAAGCCAUGGUCUGGUGCUUCUGCAUCAGACCUCACACACUCGCACACAAUUGUACACGCCGGUCUUCACCUUACAGACCUACAUAUACAGUACACCGCUGUGAUGCACAAGAUUUAUAGAGCUCUCCUUUAUUUAGUUAUUUAUUUAUCGAAUUAUUUACUUAAUUAUUUAUUUAUUUAUUUACUGAGACAGGCGAGAUUGUCAUGAUGACGUAGAUAGGGGUGGGUUAUAGUAUAAAUAAUAAUACACGUAUUGAAUGUUGGACAGUGUGUAGCAGAGAAAGUCCUUGGUCCCUUUCUCUCUCUUGCACACACACACACACA